AUGAAAAAAGUAACAAAUUCUUCAUUAAUUGAAGACAAAUUAAUGGAUAAAAGCAUUUUAUCAGGGACAAAUGGUAAUAUAGAAUUAAGUAAUAAAAAUAAAACAACACAAAACAAAUUUAAUGAUGGAAAUGAUAAGCAAAAAUUGAUAAAUAUAUGUGAUAAUUUUAAUGAAAGUGAAGUUAAAAAAGAUCAAAUACAAGAAAAUGAAAAUAAAAAAGAAGAUAAUGAAAACAAUAAAAAAAAUAAUGAAUUAGAGAGUGAGAUAAAAGCUACUGAAGAAUUAAAAGAUAAAGAUGCCAAAGCAAGUGCACUUACAUUAGAAAUAUUAGGUGACAUACCAGAUGCUGAUCUAAAACCUCCAGAAAAUAUUUUAUUUGUAUGUAAAUUAAACCCUAUAACAGAAGAAGAAGAUUUAAAAAUAAUUUUUUCAAGAUUCGGAAUAAUAAAAUCUUGCAAAAUUAUCAAAGAUAAAGUUACUAAUAAUUCACUUCAGUAUGCCUUCAUUGAAUUUGAAAAAAAGGAAGAUUGUUUAAAUGCCUAUUUUGAAAUGGAUAAUGUUAUUAUUGACGAUAGAAGAAUACAUGUUGAUUUUUGCCAAUCUUUAUCAAAAUAUAAAAAUAAUUAUACCAGAAAUGCAAUUAAAAAUGUUUUUAAUAAUGAUGAUAAAAAACAAUCUGAUUAUAAAAAUUCAAAUAAUGAUCAAAACAAUGAUGAUAACAUAAGAAUAUUUAAAUAUGAAAGUGAUAAUGAUAUAAGAGAAUUUGAGAUUAGAUCGAACGAAAGAAAUAGCUUGAAAUAUAACAAAUAUGAAAAUGAAAACAAAAAAAAAUUCUAUUUAAAAUAUAAAGAUAAUAAAAAUUAUCGCAAUCAAAAGCAUAGAAAAGAUUCCUAUAAAUAUAAAUAUAAUAAUUACAACAUAAAAUCUUCUAAAAUGCUUUUUUAUAGAAAGAAUAAUAAUAAUAAUAAUAAUAAUAGUUAUAGUGAUAAAAAAACUUAUAAAAAUAUAAAAAAAAACAUUAAUAACAAAAAUAAAUAUUUAUCAAAUGAGUCAAAAAGAAAAAGUGAUGAUGUAUUAAAAAAUGAAUCUGAUAAAGAGUGUAGUCAUUCUCUUAGUCUUGAAAAAAAACAUAAAAAUAGUUAUAUUAAAAGUCCACAUAAUAAAUUUAAUAUAUUACCAGAAGACUCUACAAAAACAGAUAAAAAUAAUAAGUACAAUUCUAAUGAUAACAAAGAUGAUUCAAUUUUUAAGAAAGAAGAAGAAACAAAGGAGAACGAUCACCAGAAUAACUAUUCAAAAACUCAAAAUCAUAAUGAAAGGGAUAGAAAUGAUGAAAGUUCAGACUCUUAUAGUCACCAAAAAAAUAAAUGUAAAUACGAAAGAAAAAGUGAAAGCGAAUUAAGUUAUAAUUACAAAACACAAAAAAAAAGUUAUAAAACAUCUCUUAAUUCUUUGUACAACAAAGAAGGAAAUAUUAAAUAUAAAGAAAAAGAAACUAAAAAUUAUGAUAAAAAAAGGAAACUUAAUGAAGAUGAUAUCAAAUAUUAUAAAGAAAAAUUUUGGUAUGACAAAAAACAAAAAAAUUAUUCUAACAGAGAUGAAGAAGAAAAAUAUAAAGAAAGUUGUGAAAGGUAUUCUGAUAAAGAUGAGAAAAAAUAUUACUCAAAGGAAAGAGGAAAACAAUCUGAACAAUUUUGUAGUGAUGAAGAAAAAUUACAUAAAGAUAAAAAAAAAUAUAGUAGAAGUAAAUCAUACGAACACAGUGAAAAAUCAAAAUACAAUAAAAAUGAAUUAUAUAAAGGUGAAAAAAAUAAAUAUAACAGAAGUGAAUCAUAUGAACACAAAGUAAAAUCAAAAUAUAAUAAAAAUGAACUAUAUAAAUACAAAGAUGGAAAAAAUAAAAAUAACAGAAGUGAAUCAUAUGAAUAUAAAGAAGGAAAAAUAUAUAAUAAAAGUGAAUCAUACGAAUAUAAUGAAAAAUCAAAAUACAAUAAAAAUGAAUUAUAUAGAUAUAAAGAUGAAAAAAAUAAAAAUAAUAGAAGUGAAUCAUAUGAACAUGAAGAAAAAUCAAAAUGUAAUAAAAAUGAACUGUAUAAAUAUAAAGAUGAAAAAUAUAAAAAUAACAGAAGUGAAUCAUAUGAAUAUAAAGAAGGAAAAAUAUAUAAUAAAAGUGAUUCAUAUGAGUACAAUAAAAAAUCAAAAUACAGUAAAAAUGAAUCAUAUAAAAAUAAAGAUGAAAAAAAUAAAAAUAACAGAAGUGAGUCAUAUAAACACGAUGAAAGGUCAAAAUAUAAUAAAAAUGAAUCAUAUAAAUGUAAAGACAAAAAAACUAAAUAUAACAAAGAUGAAUCAUAUAGGCUGAAGGAGAAAAAAAAAAGAUACCAUGAAGAUAAAUCAUAUGAACACAGAAGUGAAAAAAAACAUAAUGUAGAUGAUAAAUCACGUAAAUAUAAAGAAAAAGAAAAGCAUAGUGGAGAAAAAUUAUAUGAAAAUAAUAGUAAAAAAAGAUAUAGUAGCGAUAUAGAAACAUAUGAUAAGUACUAUGAAAAGGAAUAUAGCAGAAAUAAAGAAAAAAAAUAUGGUGAUACAUUAAUAAUUCCCAAAAAUUAUUAUGGUAAAAAUGAUAAAAAUUAUGACAAAAAAGAAAAUAAAUAUCAUAAUAGAGAAAAUAAAAAGGAAGAAAAAGAAGAGUAUAAAUAUUUGAGUUCAUAUAAAAAAAAAUUAACAUCUAAUGAAGAUAAUAAGAAAUUGAAUAAUAGAGAGAAAAUAAAUGAAGACAAAGAUCAUUAUUAUAAGAAAAAUAAAAAAAGAAAACAUGCAGAUAUGAAAAAAUAUAAUAAUGAUUAUCAUAAUUCUAGAAGAAACGAAAAAAAUAAAGAAAGAAAAAGACAUAGUUUAAACGUUAGUUCUGAUAGAAAUAACCAUUCUGUGGAAUAUAAUGUUAAAAAUAAAUAUCAUAAACAUAAAAAUGAACAUAAAUAUUAUAAAAAGUAG